AUGCCGGCAAGACGGAGCGUCGAUAAGAGCCCCGCCUCUCCGGCGGCGACAGCUCCAACAGCUUCCCCACCAAGCUCCCGGAGAGCUUUACUUUGCCUGGUUGGCUUCAUUUUAUCCUUCCUGGUCGUCUACGGACUUUUUAUCCCCAGUGAUCACUUUUACGAUACCGGGAAGUGGUUUUUCGGCAAUCUCAAUGGCACUGGUCCCGAUGCUGACCAUGACUUGUACCUUCUUGGCGCCGGCCGCGCUGACAUUACUGGCCCGGUUGUAGAGAUCAACAUGAUGGGCUACGCAGAUCCCAAGCAGCUUGGUACUGGGCUUCGGCAGAGACUUUAUGCCCGCGCUUUCAUUGUCGGAAGUGUCGAUAAACCUGAUGAUCGGUUUAUCUAUGUUGUGCUUGAUACCCAGUCUGGAGACACAGCUGUCCGGUACGGCAUCCUUCACGGACUUGCAGAGUUGGGUUUUGAGUAUUCUAUGUACGGUCACCACAAUCUGGCUCUCACCGGAACGCACUCACAUUCGGGACCGGGUGCCUGGCUUAACUACCUGCUGCCACAGAUUACUAGCAAGGGAUUCGACAAGCAGAGUUACCAAGCGAUCGUAGAUGGCACGUUGCUAGCGAUUCGGCGUGCACAUGAGAACCUGGAGCCCGGCUACCUUAGCGUAGGAAAUACCAAGGUCAAAGAAGCCAACAUCAACCGAAGUCUGUACGCUUACAUGGCAAAUCCCGAAGACGAACGGGCCAAGUACAACGUUAGCGCCGAAGACGACGGAUCUGUUGAGAAAGACUUGACCUUGUUGAAGUUCCAGCGGGCAUCUGACGGCAAGAGCAUCGGUGUUUUGACAUGGUUCCCUACCCACGGCACCUCUAUGCUAGGCAACAAUACUCUCAUCUCAGGGGACAACAAGGGCGUGGCAGCCUGGCUCUUUGAAAAGAGUGUUCGGGGGCAGUCCCAUGCAGCCCCGAACUUCAUUGCUGGCUUCUCCCAGGCCAACGUGGGAGACGUCAGUCCAAAUGUCCUCGGCGCGUGGUGCGAGGACGGCACCGGUUCGCAGUGCGAUUUUGAGACAAGUACCUGCAGCGAUGGCAAGAGCCAAAAGUGUCAUGCAAGAGGCCCGUUCUUUCGGAAGAAGGAUAACGGAGCUGCUUCCUGCUUUGAGAUAGGCAGGAGACAAUUUGAUGCUGCCAGAAAGCUCUACGAUGAUAUGGAUGAAAACGCCCAGCGAGUGCGUGGAUCUUGGGUCAAAUCCUUCCAUACCUUCCACAAUAUGUCCGAGUUCCAAUUCGAAUUGCCUAAUGGGACUGAGGUGAGAACCUGUCCUGCGGCAUUGGGGUAUUCGUUCGCAGCGGGCACUUCGGAUGGCCCUGGUGCUUUCGAUUUCACCCAGCACGACUCGAACUCGUCAAACACGUCUCCGGUAUGGAAAGUAGUGUCAGGACUGCUAAAGGCACCUACCAAGGAUCAAAUGGCAUGCCACUCCCCCAAACCAAUUCUGCUGGACGUGGGUGAGGUAUUCAACCCGUACCAGUGGACUCCUAACAUCGUUGACAUCCAAGCAUUCCGGGUUGGCCAGCUUAUAAUUAUUGUUAGUCCCGGUGAAGCUUCCACUAUGGCAGGACGCCGUUGGAAGGACGCUGUUCAUGAUGAGGCCGAGUCCUUGUUUGGCAAAGAAACCGAGUUGGAGCCGUUGGUAGUCCUCGGCGGGCCAGCGAAUAGCUAUACGCAUUACAUUACAACUCAGCAGGAGUAUGGAAUCCAACGAUAUGAAGGAGCGUCAACGUUAUACGGCCCUUACACGCUGGAUGCGUAUAUCAACCGAACUCUGACAUACUUGCCUUCGCUCGGCGCCUCAUUAUCGAAGCCACCACCGUCUCACACUGGGCGCCCUUACCCUCCCGACAACAGCAAUCGGUCGUUAAGCUUCAUAACCGGGGUGGUACGAGACGGAACGCCUGUUUUCCACAAGUUCGGUGACGUGAAGAAAGAUGUGAAGAAAAAGUACUCAGUGGGCGAUGUUGUGCGGGCUACUUUUGUGGGAGCCAAUCCACGCAACAACCUGCGCCUUGAGAAAACUUACGCCGCCGUUGAGCGGCUAGUAAUCGACGUUGGAGGAAUUAAGAAAUGGGCCACUGUUCGGGACGACCAGGACUGGGGUUUGAUUUUCAACUGGAAGCGCACUAGUGAUCUACUCGCCACGAGCGAGGUCGAGAUUGUAUGGGAGACGGAGGAGGACGCAGAACCAGGGACAUACCGCUUCCGCUACUACGGAGAUUCUAAAUCGUUAGGCGGAAAGAUCACCGGCUUCGAGGGAAUUAGCGGGCAGUUCAAAUUACACUGA